AACUUUUUUCAUCAAAGAUAUCCUGAACUUUAUAAAUACUAGUACUUUUUGAAUUUAUGUAUGCAAAUGAUGUGAUGAAUAUUAAUGAAACAACGUAAUGGCUAAAAGAGAUCAUGGGACAGAGAGUAUGAAGAGAAAGUUGAGAGGUUUAAAAUGUCAGAGGUACUCGAGCAAAUUCAAAGAAAAUGCAGUUAUCUUGAAAGAACAUUGCAGCAUGGUCACUUUGGGAACGCACAUCUGACUGCUAUUGAUUCAUCAUUAAUAAAUUUAAGAAGAAUCGAAGGCAUGCUAUCAGCUGAAACAAUGGAGGAGCUUGUUAGUAGCCUGUCGGAUCUGAGAGCUUUUAUCAGACAGUCUAUUUCGUCUGACGAGCAGCGAGGAGAAGCCUACACGGUCCCUCGAAUUCGUUCAGGUUUGCGAGGGAGACCUAAAAUCAGAGUGACAAGACAACAGCUUGAAUACCUUAUGUCCCAAGGGUACACCAUCAAGCGCAUGGCACGGCUUUUGGGUUGCUCUGCAUCGUUUUUAUAUAAGAUGACUACAGCUCUGGGGAUGCCAAUAAGAAGAUCCACAUCAACUUUAACAGAUGAGGAGUUAGAACAGCACAUUCGACGACUCCACAGUCUUUAUCCUAGAUCCGGCAGUGAGAUGAUGAGAGCAUUGCUGCGAGCAGAGGGAUUGCUAGUAUCACGACAGAGAGUGAGACUGAUGUUGACUAACAUUGACCCAACGGCUGCUGCACGUAGAUGGAGUUAUGCUGUGGCCCGAAGAACAUACCAUGUGCCAUAUCCAAACAGUCUGUGGCAUAUGGAUGGGAAUAUGCGUCUUAUCAGAUGGGGCUUCGUGAUACAUGGAGCUAUAGAUGGAUACUCUCGGCUGAUAACUUACUUGAACUGUAAUGUAAACAACAGAGCCGCCACAGUUUUAACACUGUUCUUAAAAGCCACAUGCAUUUAUGGACUUCCAUCUAGAGUGCGGUCAGAUCACGGUGGAGAGAACACACAAGUGGCAUUGUUCAUGAAUGUUGUUCAUGGUGUUGAGCAUAGAGGUCACAUCACAGGGGAAUCUGUGCACAACCAGAGAAUCGAGCGCCUUUGGAGGGACGUUUUCUUGCAUGUUCUGUACAGUUUCUACACCGAAUUCUACAGCCUUGAGGACAGUGGCACAUUAGAUCCUGCAAAUGACAUUCACAAGCUUUCCCUUCAUCUUGUAUAUUUACCAGAAAUACAGAGCAGGUUGGACAGGUUUCGUGAAGCCUGGAAUCACCACAGUCUAAGGACGGAAAACAACCGAACACCCACUCAGAUCUGGACAGAAGGCAUGCUGACCAACAUGUUGGUAGAUUGCACCUCUAUCAACAAUGUAUUUGGUGAUGAUCCAUUCAGGGAGCGCAAUUUGGAGUCUCUUUUGGCACAACAUGGAGUUCACAACUUCCCAGCUGAUUUGGGUAACGAUUUCCCUGCUGUUGAGGUCCAACAACCCAUUGCUGACCUUAGCCAGGAACAACAAGAGGAAGUUUUAAGGGCCAUAGAAGGCACUGCAGACUUGAAAUUGAAAUAUCAAAUGUGCUGCAAUGAAAUUUCCAAUAGGCUAUCUCUAAGGACAUAAACACAAGUUGGAUAACCUGCUUGCUGUUUGAAAUUGUUGCUCCAGGUUGUACAGUUUUUAUAUUUGUUUCUUUUAGAGGGUCAAUGACAAAAGGUAAUAAUUUGUAAAAUAAAUCAGAAUACAGAAUUACAUUUAAUGCUAUAAAAAGUAAACACCCUUUCAAAGAAUUUGCAUUCCUUUUAUUUUGUGUAAAUGUAACCAGUUUCGUUACACUUCAUGUAACAGUUCACACCUUCUGAAAACUUAACAAGUCAGAGAAAAACUGUUUUUCAUUUAACUGGGAUU